CGCGAACUCUAGUUCAUAUCUGAUCGCCUGUUCAGACUAACAUACGAAUGUAUUGCUCAAUUAGAUCAAUCUUUUCCGUCGUAGGAGCAGUUGCUUUGGUCGGCGGACCGCGUAUGUGCUCGACGACGAGAGCGGUUUCGAGAGACCGGUGGUUGCUAUGAGUGCAACCUCAUGCGGCGCUGCCAACCUCCUCCGAGAUGUGUUGCGCCUGGGACACUCGCGCCUUCCGCUGUAUGCGUCCGUUUCUUGAGCGACGCGCGCCUUCCGUAUACUGUGUUGUUGAACGAUAGAGGCCUCACGAUCAGCCUGAACUCAUCUUUACUUUCCGUAAAGUCCCAACCCGCCUGUUCUCCACUUUAUUGUGCCCUCCACUUACAAUACCAUCUUCCGCUUUCAGCACGCAUUACACGGACAUUUGCGCUUCAACUUAGCCUUGCAUCGCCAUCGCCGACAUGAUCACGGAUACUACGAGCCUCCUAGCAUUGAAACAGCCCAAGCAGGAGUCAGCGAAGCAUUGGUUUACUCGCCAUCUCUUGAGAUCGGCGCCGCGACAAACCAGGGAAGAUACACAUCAAGGCAAGAUAAUCAAGCAGAUGUCCCUCCGCCGCCCGCGUACUGCACCACCCAAUCGGCCAUCCACCGCGCCCUCUUCGGGUCCGGCUGCUAGAGACGAAUUGGCUCUGCCGCCCACAAUGCCAUAUGUAUGGCUCCAGCACUCGCCGCCCUGUAGUGAGCUCAAGGCCCCACCGGGAGCAGCUCGAGCGGGACUGGACGUUCUACUCGAUGUAGAUGCAUGGUUGGCUACGAGCAAGCCAUCUUCUCCGUUGAUGGGUGGGCUUUCGUAUUGGAGGGAGGGCAACCCCGCGGAUGCGGAUGAGACCGUGAACGUACAGUACGCCAUACCAAUCAUCCAGGAGCCCAACGAUGAGAGACUCUCUCCUUCGCGUAGCCAGCAGUUCCGGUCCCUAUGCCGUCGGGCGAAGAUGCAAGUGCGCAUGCCAUCGAUUCGCCGCGUAAAGUCUCCGCGAGCUAUAGAAGAGGAUAACCCACGCUCUGAGUCGGCUGCCAUCCUAACCGUACCUUACGAACAGACACAACCCAGUGAGGUGCCUUACUUCGCCACGCGUUUGACAACCACGCAUCCCCGCAUACGCCCUUCUACAGCCACAGCAGCUUUCCCUCCGAUGGGUGCGGUCAUUGAUCGCCGGCACUUGCCCAACAUUGAUCUGCCGUUGCGGCGUGACAGUCCUGGUAGUGUGCAAUUGCGGGAGCUGGAGUGCGAGAUGGAGCGUCUUGCGCUGGGCCAAAGUCCGUUUACUGGCAGUAAUUUACGACCAGAAGCCCUGUCUGCUGCGCAUUUGCCCCGUGAGGAUUCCAUGGGCAGUUUCUCGAGCGCACCAACUUACUUCUCUGGCAUGCCUCCGCCGUCAUACAAGUCGCGUCCAGCUUCAUCGCACCCGGCUUCCAUCCUCACUACCUCAUCAUUUGGAUGUAUUGAUGGAAUGAACCCAGAGCAGCGGCAACUCUCUCAGAGACGGGCGGUACAGAAGCAGCGGAGUAUGAAAGGACGGCUCAGGAAGCUUGCGAAGAAGGCGAAUAUUAGAAAAUGAGCAGCUCUUAAGGUACAAGCCAGUCUUACGAGAUGAAAGACUAGGAAGGAAUUCUUCGAGACGAACAGAUACGAGUACGAAU